UAAAAAGGUUCAACACCACUCUUAACUUCCUUUACUGUUUGUCCUUGUUUUCUAAAUGGACGAUUCCUCUCCUUCACCGCGUGGUCAGGAUGCGUUUGCAAAAACGUUGGAGUUCAAACCUCGUCAACGAAGCAGUGUCUCGUCGACCAACAGCGGUAGACCGACUUCUUCAUUGCGGGCUAAGGAGGGCUCAGUCAAUCGGCUCUCACGCGUCUUCGCUCAAGAUACAUCGUCGUCCAACCCACAUGAUGCACACAUUCAGGCAAAGAAACCUUCCAUUCCUACCAAACCACCGUCCCUACGCAUUCCCAAUCAACAUGCCCUGAAUAACACUGCUUCAGUGCCAUCCCACCAGCCUUUGAGCACACCAGCACUCACCACCCCAACACAGCACGCUAUGGAACCGCCACCAUCAUCCUCCAGCAAUGAACAUGAAUCAUCCAUUGACGAGACAUCCUUACGAUUCCAAGAUAUUCGUGCGAGAUUCCAACAAGAAAGCAGUACCGUCAAGGUACCUUCACCACGUAAUACAGUGUCCAAUAAUAGAUCAAGACCCACUUCGUUUGCGCCGUCCAAAGGAUAUCGUACAACCCUUUCACCAAAACCUGUUAUCCCCAUCAAUGAUUCCCAAAGCAACCUCGGCGCACGAUCUCCUGCACGCAAUAAAGAGAGUUCAUCAUCUUCCCUUCCCUCGUCUUCGGUGGCCGAAAUCAGCAAACGACUGGAGAAAAACGACAAGGCAGGAUUAAAGCGAUCGGUCAAAGAACUUUCACCUGCACCGGUCACUGCACGUCCGUCCGUACCUUCGCUUUCUCGUCCUUCCGCAAUACCAACCCAUCGUAAAGCCGGCGAGCCAAUACCCUCUCGAACAAGUCUCAGCAAACGAGCGUCCAAUCCAUGCAUGGCAUCUUCUAUUCAACCCAAUAACACUGGUUCCUCCGCCGCUUCACUAAAUAUUCCCAUGAUCGCACGAUCGGUGACCGGGAACAGCGUGAUGAGCACCGCUUCCACUGCAUCCACCUCCUCCUCAUCUGUGACCGGCUCCUCCGCCAAAAAAUCCUGGCAUUACGGCACGGCCAUCACCAGCUGGUUCACAGGCAAUCACACCGAUGAUGCGCAACAUCAAUCUCUCAAAGAUUCAAUUACUAUCGUUUCGAAAGAACCCGUUCAACCUUCCGCAGCUUCAACGUCACCGCCAUCGUCUUCCGACACGUCAUUCUCUGAUAGCCUGCCUAUUUCGCCUCAACUUUCAGGAAGAGAUGAGGUGGGAUACAAAGUGAUUAAACGAUCUAAAGUGGUUCAGGAGCUGUUUGAAACAGAAAAAGUAUUCCAAAGCGAUAUGAUGCUACUGAAAGAAGUAUACUAUGAUCAAGCUCGUCUACCCGAUUCGCCUUUCACCAAAAACGAUGUCAAGAUUCUCUUUUCAAAUAUUUUGGCUAUUGCGGAAUUGGAGGACAUGUUCAUAGCAUUACUGCAAAACGCCUGUGACACAUCUCAGCGACGACCGUCAGCUACCUCUCUUUCGAGUGAUAACGACAUUGAUAACACAUCGGUUGGUAUGGCUUUCAGAGAAAUGGUGAGUGAUCCAUAGCCACGUCGAGUAAGCGAGACAUUGCCUAAUCACGAGCACCGUUUUAUAUAGAUGCACCGGAUCGACGAGGUAUACAGUGAAUACUGCAAACGACAUGAAGACGCGGUAUUGAAGCUUCAGGAAGUACAAUCCAUA